AUCCAAGCGUCGACAACAAGACAAAUGAGCGAUACGGGGCAAAGCGUCGAAGACAAUACAGCAUAUGUAGCGCCAUGGGAUAUAAACCAAAGACAAUUCGAUCCUGUCAUUAUUUAGACAGGGAUCUCGUACAUGAUGACUUCCGCAUUGGCUACGUGGUCCUAUGACGAUCUGAUCACCUCGCCUGCUGCUAAAUUGGACCUGUAUACCAAUGAGGUUGCAGGGCAAACGCUUCGAGCUUCGAGAUAUGAAGCUACCCUCGCCGCGAACAAGAGAUCUAUUCCCCCAUGGUCACACAAAAAGAAUCAAAUUCAGGAUGAGGAGACAUUAAUAAGGUCUGACGAUGAGAGCAUCGACGGCGAAUUGGAUCACGGACGUAUCAUCGAUGCGCUCUGCAAUACCACGGCGGUAUGCCCCAUAUGGCACCCGCCAGAGCAAAUGCCCACAUAUGCGCGCCCAUACCUUCCCAAUAUCCUGAACCCUCCACCUUUCCCAAAUGUCCCAUCCGAUGACUUGGUCUCCGCUUCGUACACCCCUUCUGCUUUGUCUCCAAUCCUUGGUUUCUGUCACAGCCUUCUGGACGUGCCAGAGGGAUGCGGCGAUGUUCAGGAGGGAUGUAGCGAGGUUUCUACGAGAGGGAAGGAGGCUCAAGUCUGCCUCCAUCCCUACAAGGAUCGGAUGCAUCCCAAGUCACCAUAUGCAUGGCAGUCCGAAGACGAUGAAGCGG